AUGGCCCAAAGGAUGGAGUACUUAGUUAAGGGACUAGCAGUGGUUAUUCUUACCCUCUUCGUGGUCCAAACCCUGUCCGACUGCAAUGUCUGUCAGCCGAAUAAGGUGGCCUGCAUCAACUCCACCUCAUUUUAUCUCUGCUUUGGAGAUGCAACCCCUCAUCGGGAUCAGUUGUAUCAUUGCCUAGAAGGCUUCGACUGCACCAAUCUCACGGCAAUCUGUGUCCAGAAGAGCAGUCAGCGUCCUCCAAGUUGUGGUGACACCUCAAAGUGUGGCCAGUGUAGUGCCAACAGCAACUACUUGUUCGCCUGCCAGAGUCGUGGCAUCUUCCAGAUGUGCUACGGAGCCACCAGACCCACAGGAAAGUUCGGAUACUGCCCCGAGGGAAAGGUCUGCGAUGCCAGUAGCACCACCAUCUGUGUGCCCGAGGAGGAAAGUCAAACGGUCACCUGUGACAUCAACGAUGAACUGGUGGACACCACCACUGCCUCCUCGGAUGGGAUCACUGAGAGCAGCACGGAGUCUACAAUUAGUACUGUGGAGAGCACCACAGAUGAGUCCACCACUUCGACUCCUUAUACUCCCACCCAGAUGUGCUCCGAAAGAAAUAAGACUGGGCUUUACCCAACAGUUCCUGCGGAUCCCUACUGCCAGCGCUACAUUAGUUGCUACUUUAAGAAUACAACGCUUAUCAGAUCUGAGGAACUCAAUUGCCCCACGGACUCCUUCUUCGUUUCCCAGACGCAGAGCUGUGUCUAUGUGAAUCCGGGCAACUGUCUAAAGAGUUAA